AUGUACAGGGAGACGUCACCGCCGCCACCAUGGGUUGAGUACCCUGACCCCGACGGCCAGGAGUGGGCUUGGAGGCGGCACAGACUGGAGACGUCACCGCCGCCACCAUGGGUUGAGUACCCUGACCCCGAGGGCCGGGGGGAGACGUCACCGCCGCCACCAUGGGUUGAGUACCCUGACCCCGAGGGCCGGGGGGAGACGUCACCGCCGCCACCAUGGGUUGAGUACCCUGACCCCGAGGGCCGGGGGGAGACGUCACCGCCGCCACCAUGGGUUGAGUACCCUGACCCCGACGGCCGGGGGGAGACGUCACCGCCGCCACCAUGGGUUGAGUACCCUGACCCCGAGGGCCGGGGGGAGACGUCACCGCCGCCACCAUGGGUUGAGUACCCUGACCCCGACGGCCGGGGGGAGACGUCACCGCCGCCACCAUGGGUUGAGUACCCUGACCCCGACGGCCGGGGGGAGACGUCACCGCCGCCACCAUGGGUUGAGUACCCUGACCCCGACGGCCGGGGGUGGGCUUGGAGGCGGCACAGACUGUUGGCAGUGGCAGUGGCAAUCAUACCGCUGCUCUCGGCCGCGCUUUCUUGUGCUGAACAGGAGUCAGCGUCCUCCUCCUCAGUUAACUGUGGAGACCCGGGCUCUUUCCAUGCUUAA